CAAACAUUCUCAUGGCUCCCCACCUCUCCCUCCUCAUCCUCUUCCUCAUCUUCUCCAGAUCCUCAGUGGGUAAGUAUCUGGAUGUACAGACCGGAGGUUCUAUCACCAUCCCAUGUCACUAUGAUCAGAAAUAUAUACACUACGUCAAAUACUGGUGUAAAGGAUUUUAUUGGAAUUCCUGCAAUUAUGCUGCACGCACAGACAAAACUAUGGGAACUAAGACCUCGAUAUCAGAUGACCUCAUACGGAGAGUCUUCACUGUGACCAUGACUGAUCUGACCCCAGCGGACUCUGACUAUUACUGGUGCGCUGCAGAGAUAAAUAAAGGACCAGAUAUCAGGAUACAACAGUUCUACCUAUCUGUCACAGGUGCUCCAGGACUCUAUGUGGAGCAGCAACAGGUGACUGGAGUGGAAGGAGGGAGUGCCACUGUCUGUUGUUACUAUAGUAACACUGGAGAUGUGGCGUGGUGUAGAGUAGGUGUUCCUUGUGUGUGGUAUUCGGGGACUUUAGAUGGAGCAUUAGGAAGAAUAAAUCUGGCCAUGGAUGCUAAGAACAGAAAAGUCUUAACAGUGACUAUGAGUGACCUGAAGAUGGAGGACGCUGGCUGGUACUGGUGUUCAGUGGGAGACCUUCAAAUACCUGUUCAGAUCACUGUUAAACCACACUCAGUCACAACACUGAGUACCACCACCAACCACAAAACCCAAUCACCAGACAAUCCACAAACAUCUUCCACUUCAACUUCUGGCCCUGUGGUGAACACUUCUCAUCGUACUGACAGCUCAUCUGGUCUUGUAGAAGACAACGCCACCCAAGAAGUUGAGGGUAGAAAACAGAAGAAAUACCAUCAAUGGUUGGAUGAUCUGAAAAUCCUGUUGAUUCCUCUGGUCAUGUUGCUGGUGUUGAUAGCUGGUGUCCUAGUAGCAUGGAAGAUGUGGAGAAAGCAUGGAAACAAUAAAGCCAAUGACCAGCCAACCAAUACAGCGCAUAACCCAUUUCCCAGUGAUGAUGCCAGUACUGUCACAUACAGUACUAUUGCCCUCAAGAGAAAGACCCAGCAAGAUUUACAGACCAAGGCAGAACCAGAGGAUAAUGUGGUCUACAGUUCAGUAGCCCACCACCUGACCAGAAAGGCAACAGGACCAGAUGAUAAUGUCCUCUACAGUUCAUUAGUCCUAUAGGUGACAAAAGAGCAGGUGGCAGCAGCAUAGCAGUGACUGACCAGACUUGUAUGGACACUGCUGUUAAAUCCCUAAUGAACUCCUCCUCACUCCACUUCACCAUCGGCCCUCCAUUUGCACACUCAUGUGUUUCGGCCAUUUGCACACUCAUGUGUUUCAGCCAUUUGCACACUCAUGUGUUUCAGCCAUUUGCACAAGAGUUCCAACUGCUGAAGGAACAAAAAAAAAAAAUACAAUAAUGCAGACUCCACAGGUAAAGUGGAUUCCCAUAAGUCACCACAUUAUUUAUGAGCAAUGAACAAAACACCACCUUAAUUACAUUGCAAUUGUUAAUGUUUUACUGCUAAUAGAUUUUAAUUUCAUUCUUGUUUUAUUCAUUAAAAAAGGCCCAUUCAUUUCAUCAUUUUAAUUACCAGUGUGUCCCAAUGUUGAUGCAUUUAUUAAUCAGAUCCUGGGAAGGUAAAGGGUUAAAACCUCUGCGCCCUGUGAGUUCUGGGGGCGGCAAUAACAGCCUGAGGGCAUCAGAUGCCCCACCUGGGUGGUCAACUGGCAGACCCAGCAGCUGUUGUUCAGAUACGACUGGUGUUUUGGAAAUUCUUGAACUGAUGUUUACUUAGUCCUGUACAUGUAUAAAUGGGUUACUAGUUAAACCACUUAUCUCUCUAUGGAAGUAACCUUCUGAAUAUCGCAUUGAGAGAAAAUGUAGAACUCUGACCAGCACGCGUCACACCCCCAUCUCAUGACUGGAGAAGCAGGGAGUUCUUCACAUAAGGGCUAGACCCUAAACAUGGCUGGAUGAGAUUGGUUUUUGCAUGGACAUUGCCAAUGAAGUCUUCCACCAUUUUAAAGUGGUCUCUUGACUGGGACUUCUAACUUUAAUGGUUGAUCCCUCCUGAUGAACUGGUUAGGAUUCCCACCGGGUCAUCAGGAGGGAUCAGCCAAUGAAAUGUAUUUGUGAAUGGCCCAUAAUUUUGCGUAACACAGAUUCAGACAUGCCCCUCUGAACCUGUGUGUGUGGUGUCAUGGUGGUGGGAGUCAGCAGAACCAGCUGCUCCAUUGAGAACAUUUAUGUUUCUUUCCAGUUUUAUUUCCAGUUCUGUGUGAGUUUUUGGCAAUGUGCAAAUGUAUCUUCAUCUGACAAUAUCUGAAUGUUUUAUAUGUGACCACCUUCUUCCAUUGCUCCAUGGUCCAGUUCUGAUGCUCAUAAUGUAUGCCCAUUGUAGGCGCUUCCUGUAGUGGAUGGGUCAGCAUGGUCCCCCUGACUGGUCUGUGGCUACGCAGCCCCAUACGCAAUAAACUGCAAUGCAUCGUGUGUUCUGACACCGUUCUAUCAGUACCAGCAUUAACUUUUUCAGCAAUUUGAGCUACAGUAGCACAUCUGUUGGAUCAGACCAAGUGGACCAGCCUUUGCUCCCCAUGUCCAUCAUGGAGCCUUGGCCUCCCAUGACCCUGUUACCAGUUCACCACUUUUCCUUCUUUGGAACACUUUUGAUAGGUACUGACCACUGCAGACCGGAAACACCC